AUGUCGGGCGAGAAGAGAGACAAGAAGACCCGGACCCGCGACGCGGGCGGUGCCUCUGAGCAGGACACCGGAAAAGACGUUUCGCACAAGAAGAAGAUGCGGUCUUCUGCUGAUGCAUCGCCUGCUCCUGCGUCUGCUUCCUUCUACUCUUCGGCGGCCUCCAUGCAUCAGGAGAAGACCGGAGGAAAGCGUUCGAACUCAGAGACAGGGGACCGGGUGAGCAAGCGCAACCCCAAGCCCGAGACCAAGAAGGUUGCGACGUCGACGGCUGGAAUUCUCAACAAGAAGCGGAGACAACAGGUGGCGUUCCAGCUUCUCCAGGCGAAGAAGAAAGACAGAGCGAAGAAGAAGAAGGAGACGCGUGCGAAGGAAAGGCGAGGCGAAACGGUGGAGAAAAAGACACCGAAAACAAUCGAGUCCAUGCGCAGAUACGACCCCACUGUUGUCGAUGACGAGGACGAAGAGGAAGUUGGCGGCGAAGAGGACGUCGACGAGUUUGCUUCCUACUUCAAGCGCGAAGUCACGCCCAAGCUCAUGAUUACGACAAACAAGAAGGUAACGGCAGAUACAUACAGUUUUCUCAAAGAGAUCCUCUACAUCUUCCCCAACGCCUUUUUCUACAAGAGAGGCCCUUACCACAUCAAGAACAUCUGCAAAUUCGCCAUCAAGCAGGGGUUUACAGACCUUCUCGUUUUCCAGGAAAAGAAGCACCGGCCGUUCGGCCUCUACAUUGUUCAUCUCCCAGAAGGACCGACCUCGUAUUUCCGUUUGUCGAGUGUGCGCAUGGCGCAAGAGAUGAAGGGCGCAGGCACGAUGACGACGCACCUCCCUGAGCUGCUGCUGAACGGCUUCACCACCCGCCUCGGCCGACGUGUUGCUCGACAACUCGCGGCGCUCUUCCCCCUUACACCGGAGUUCUCCGGCCGCCGCGUAGUGACGUUUCACAACCAGCGCGACUUUAUCUUUUUCCGGCAUCACCGCUACAUUUUCGAAAACGGAAAGAAGACCCGUUUGCAAGAGAUUGGUCCGAGGCUCACUCUCAAGUUGCUCUGGAUGCAUGCAGGCCUCUUUGACACAAAAGAGGGUCUAUACGAGUUUAUCUGGAGGCCAGACAUGAAGGUCGACCGAAAGAAUAUGUUGCUGUAG